GACCGCAGCAGCGCACAGAGAAGCCUCUGGAGCCAUCACAGGAGCCAGCAUGGUGAAGUUUGCACCGCUGUUCCUGCCAUGGGAGCGCAGGCUACAGACCUUCAUGGUCCUGCAGUGGGUCUUCUCCUUCUUGGUCCUGGCCCAGAUCUGCACUGUGGUCUUCAUAGGCCUCCUGUUCACAAGAUUCUGGUUGGUCAGUGUCCUGUAUGCGAUCUGGUGGUACCUGGACCUAGACAAGCCACGGCAGGGGGGCAGGCCCAUCCAAGCCCUAAAGCGCUGCUUCUUGUGGAAGUACAUGAGGGACUAUUUCCCUGUCUCGCUGGUCAAGACUGCUGAGCUGGACCCCUCCCGGAACUACCUUGCGGGCUUCCACCCCCACGGGGUCCUGGCGGCCGGAGCCUUUGUCAACCUGUGCACAGAGAGCACGGGCUUCCCUUCGCUCUUCCCCGGAAUCCGUCCCCAUCUGAUGAUGCUGAGCCUUUGGUUCCGGGCCCCUUUCUUCAGGGAUUACAUCAUGUCGGGGGGGCUGGUCCCAUCGGACAAGGAGAGCGCUGCUCACAUUCUGAGCAGGAAGGAAGGUGGUAAUCUGCUGGCCAUCAUUGUAGGGGGUGCCCAGGAGGCUCUGAACGCCAGGCCCAGCUCCUCCACACUGUUGCUACGGAACCGCAAGGGCUUCGUCAGGCUCGCCCUGAUGCACGGGGCAGCCCUGGUGCCGAUCUUCUCCUUCGGGGAGAAUGAGCUCUUCGACCAGGUUGAGAACUGUCCCGGCUCCUGGUUGCGCCGGAUCCAGAACCGGCUGCAGAAGAUCAUGGGCGUCUCCCUCCCGCUCUUCCACGGCCGUGGCGUCUUCCAGUACAGCUUCGGUCUCAUACCCUACCGCCAGCCCAUCACCACCGUGGUGGGGAAGCCCAUUGAGGUGCAGAAGACACCGUACCCCUCACAAGAGGAGGUGGACAAGCUGCACCAGCGCUAUAUUAAGGAGCUGUGCAACCUCUUCGAAGCCCACAAGCUCAAGUACAAUGUCCCCGUGGACCAACACCUGGAGUUCUGCUGAGUGCCUCCCCAGAAGGUUGGCCUUAGGGAGCCCAGCGGGAGGUGCUGUGAUCUGAGAAGUCUUCCUGGAGGCAUCUUUUGAACAUAUCUUCACAGCCUUCCCAAAAUUCUGCAAAUCCAACCAUGCCAGGACUCCAAGUGGCGAGUGGGAGCGGUCACCAGGCUCUGGCGUGGGUGGUUUGCACCCCUGCUGCGAAACCCCUGCGAGCCUCCCUCUCCUCAGCCUGUUCCUCUGGGAAUGGGAGAGAUGGCUGGAAGAGAGGAAUUUCUGAGGUUUCGGUCCCCUGUUGUCAUGUCACUCAAGAGCCAGAGUGGCAACCGUCACCAGGUUUUUCUUCCUUGACCUUGAGUAACAGCGCAAAAGAAGCCUCCUGCUCCAGCCCCGUCUCCUACAAGCUCCCUCAUCCUGCUCCCUGGAUGUCCCCACUCUUCCCUCCCUGCGCCGGGUGGGGGGGGAGUGGCCUUGAAGCCUCUGCGCUCUUGCUAAGCACUUGUGCGUUUUUGGGUCCUCUGAGCUGUAGACUGGCAGCCACAGGGGCCCGAAAGGGGGAGAAGGAGAACUGUGCUCUGUCACUCCCCUGUGGCAGUGGGCAGACCUUUUUGCCCUCCUUCUGAGCCUCAGUUUCCCCAACUGACUAAGAUGAACCCUGAGUCUCAGCUCUGACAUUACAGAGGCGAAGAGCUCCUGGA